AUGGAUCAAACGAAUUCCUCAAUCGGUUCCUCCUCUGAAUCGACAGAAAUCCGUAUAAAAACUGGUUUCUCAAUGUCAAUUCAGAGUGCAGGAGUCAAGAGACUAGAGAAAAGUAGCGCUUUUGUUUCUGAGAAAACAAAGAAACGCCGUGUAAACGUUGAUAACAGGGACGAAGAGUUUGACCACCAAGAACAAACAUCCAAACGACAUGUGUGUGUUGCAGCUGUGAAGUAUGCUCCUACCACUGCCCACGACAUUAUUAGCGUUCGUUCGCUAACCGGUACUAAAGAAGAUGAGGACGUGCGUGAUUUGGAAAAGAAAGAUAUUCAUGAUGAAAUCAAACCACCACAAGAUGAAGAUCAAAAGUUAAGACAGUUAGCAUUAAAUGAAUUGAUGAAGGCUUCAGAUCCUGAAGAUUUGACAGAAAACAGUCAGAAUCUUUUAGUAUUACCACAAAAGGAAAACAGCUAUACGCAAGAAACAAAAGUCAAAGCUGAUGAUGCUGAAUCAUUUCGACAAUUGAUUGAAAAUCAUCCUGAUGAAAAAAAGAUUGAUUAUGGACGAGUCCCCAUUCAGGAAUUUGGUGCUGCGUUACUGCGAGGCAUGGGUUGGAAACCAGGAAUGAGUAUAGGAAAAAAUCAGUCCAACAAGGCUGUAAAAUUAUACGAGCCACAGCAUCGACCUGCAUUAUUGGGUCUUGGCGCAUCAGUACUUCCUACAUCUAAAACUCAGGAACGAAGAUCAAAAUAUACAAAUGGCGAAAUGAAUCAAAAACUAGAAGUUGAACAAACAAACACACGAAGCUCCAGUGAUCCCGACCAAAAAUCUAAAAGUUCAACAGGCGAAAAAUCAAAUCGAUCUAGGCGACGUAGAAGUAGCAGUCGUGAUCGAACAAGUUCUGGCAGUCACCGCAGUAUUAGUACCAAAAGUUAUUCUGAUUAUCGGGGUAAAAAAUCGUCGUCGAAAAGUGCAUCAAAAAUCGACAAAUCAGAAUCAUCAAGUCGAUCGAGAAGGCACCAGAGUGACAGUCAUGAUCGAAGUUCCAGUAGUCGUAGUGCUAAAUAUUAUUCUGACUAUAAUCGUUAA